ACCAAGACCCGGCACCCGAGGUACAUGAAUUCCCCCCCGCCCUCCACCUCGGACUCUCCACCAAUCACAAGGCCCCGCUUCCAGUACCGACCUAUUAAGGGAGGGACGAUUUAUCUUGUGACAAGUCUGGGAAUUUCAUUCAUAUUGAACUUUACGCUGGAUGCGGGAGCGGAGGGACACAGGAGAAAUGGGCGGAGACAAUUACUCUAAGCCAACCGUGAGGGCGAACGCGUUGCUUGAGAUCUUAUUUUACCCUCUUGGAACAAGCCCGGAAGAAAAUUACCUCGGUUUCACUGAGAAGAGGCCGUGGACGCGGACAGGUUUGGAUUCGGAUUCAGCUUCCAUCACUUAGCGGUAUGCCAAGAAGCCUUAUCACACAGAUGUCCUUCGAGAUAAUAUGGAUCAGUCCGGAGUUCACCUCUGGGUGAAAGCAGAACCCUUUAUAGUGGGUGCCUUGCAGGUUCCCCCUCCAUCCAAAUUCAGUCUUCACUAUCUCAGGAAGAUAUCCACCUAUGUGCGAACCCGAGCCACAGAAGGAGCUUACCCACGCCUAUACUGGUCCACAUGGAGGCACAUUGCAUGUGGGAAGCUGCAGUUGGCUAAGGAUCUGGCCUGGCUUUACUUUGAAAUAUUUGAUAGUCUUGCGGUAAAGACACCAGAGGAGCGCCUGGAAUGGUCUGAGAUUCUGUCAAACUGUAUGUCUGAGGAUGAAAUUGAAAAACAAAGAAAUAAGCUUUCAGUGAACACCCUACAGUUUCUGCUCUUCUUAUACAUACAGCAGUUAAACAAGGUCUCCUUAAGGACAUCUUUGAUUGGAGAAGAGUGGCCUAGUCCCAGAAACAGAUCUCAGUCUCCUGACUUGACUGAAAAAUCCAGUUGCCAUAAUAAGAACUGGAAUGAUUACAGUCACCAGGCAUUUGUCUGUGAUCAUCUGUCAGAUCUCCUUGAGCUACUUUUAGAUCCAGAACAACUCACUGCAUCAUUUCAUUCAACCCAUAAUAGUCUAGUCUCUCGCGAAGCUGUUGUGGCCCUCAGCUUUCUUAUUGAAGGUACAGUGAGUAGAGCCAGGAAGAUAUACCCACUUCAUGAACUUGCUCUGUGGCAACCACUGCAUGCAGAAAGCGGCUUCUCACGGAUCUCUAAGACCUUUUCUUUCUACAAGCUGGAAGCCUGGUUGAGAGCCUGUUUGACUGGGAAUCCAUUUGGUACAUCUGCUUGCCUUAAGUCUGGAAAGAAAUUGGCUUGGGCUCACCAAGUUGAAGGGACGACCAAAAGAGCUAAGAUUGCUUGUAAUACACACGUGGCCCCUCGGAUGCACCGCAUGGUGGUGAUGAGCCAGGUUUACAAGCAGACCUUGGCCAAGAGCUCAGAUACUCUGGUGGGGGCACAUGUGAAAAUUCAUCGUUGCAAUGAAUCUUUUAUAUAUCUGCUCUCUCCUUUACGAUCUGUGACCAUCGAGAAAUGCAGGAAUAGCACCUUCGUCUUGGGCCCUGUACAGACUGCUCUUCACCUCCACAGCUGUGACAGUGUUAAAGUCAUUGCUGUUUGCCAUCGUUUGUCCAUCUCUUCUACAACAGGCUGCAUCUUUCACAUUCUGACGCCUACACGCCCCCUAAUUCUCUCUGGAAACCAGGCAGUAACUUUUGCCCCUUUUCAUACUCAUUAUCCAAUGCUGGAGGAUCACAUGGCCAGGACUGGCCUUGCUACGGUGCCUAACUAUUGGGAUAAUCCAAUGAUUGUGUGCAGAGAGAACUGUGACACAAGUGUCUUCCGACUCUUACCACCUUGUGAAUUCUAUGUAUUUAUUAUCCCCUUUGAAAUGGAAGGGGACACAACAGAGAUACCUGGGGGUCUUCCAUCUGCAUAUCAGAAAGCACUGGGUCAAAGAGAACAGAAGAUACAAAUCUGGCAGAAAACUGUAAAGGAGGCUCGUUUGACAAAGGAUCAAAGGAAGCAGUUCCAGGUACUUGUGGAGAAUAAGUUUUAUGAGUGGUUGAUUAAUACAGGACAUCGCCAACAGCUGGACAGUCUUGUGCCCCCUGCUGCCGGCUCCAAACAAGCAGCAGGAUAAGACUCCUACGUGGAAACACUGGGCCCUGGAAACAGGAGGGUGAAUGGAAGAUGGUACAUGUCUUGAAACUCAAUUGGGAAGAUGCUCCUGCUGCUUAAGAGACAUUGCAGUUUUUUUCUUCCUAUUUAAGACCGUUCCUUGAUUUCCAUUCCAUAUUGAUAUAUUACUGCUUAGGUCGAAUUUUAGGUGAACUUCUGACUAUCCUAUAGACAAACGUAUUGUUUAUAGAACAUCAGAAAGCUCAUCUUUGUGUUGCCAAAAUGAAGUUGAUGAAGGCAGUUUCGUUGUAUGUUAAUAUUGAAAUAACUGAUUGUAGAUUUGCAAGUAAAUUUCACAUUUUAAUUUAUAUGAUGAAAGGGUCUCAUCCUUUCUAUAGUUAAAUAAGAAUUUUAUAGUUCUUUGAAACUAUUUAAAAGGAAAUUGCUACUCCUUUUAAAAAUAAUUGGGAUGAAAGUAUAGUUUGUUGGUAUAUAAAUAUAGCAGAAAUAGUUUUAUACAAAGAUAUUUUAGUCCUUAAAAGUAUGAAGCAAUGAAAUUGUGUAAAUUCUUUAUUUUUCAUUUUCUGCUUCACAUUUUCAAUAAGUAAAGUCUAAAAAGUAAUUUUCUCCUUUUGAUAAAAAGAUAGAGAUUUAAUUUUAGAAAAGGUUUUAUGGGGGAAGGAAAGAAUUUUUCCUCUAUCCUAGGUUCUUUAGGCUUUAGUCUAUUAAUUAAAUCGACAUAAGACAGAUUAACAGGAGGCAAACAAUUUUAAUUAGAUUUCUGUGGGCGCCUCAUAAGAAUAUGAGUCCCAGGAACAAGUCAGGCAGUUGGCUUGUAUGCCACCCUGACCUAAGUAAUGGAAUAUAGGCCCAGGGCUUCAGAGGGAAGAGAGUAAUUCACAGUAUGUUAAGAAAAGUAGAUGUGUGGCAGUUAGAUGUUUGCCUUGUCAUACAGAUGGCUCAUUCAGAUUAAAACUUCCCUGUGGUAAUAGCUUUCCUUCUGGGCCAGGCCCCCUAUCUGAAUAAUUUUAGGUAGUUAAGGGAAGUUUUUCUUGAAUUUGCAGGGUCUUCAUCACCUUUAGCUCUAAAUAACUUACAUACUAAAGUAGCACAUUUUAGGGUCAUGUUUUCUCCCUCUCAGUUACCAAUGUCACUUCGUGAUGUUAUAGCAAAAUAAAGUUUACAUUUGAUUGAGGAAGCUGUAUUCUUUAAGAUAAAGGAAAAGGAAUUAUUAAGUUAUUAAAUAAUUAUUAAAUUAUUAAAUGAAUCCGCUGAUAAGCAUUGUUUUGUAUGCUCAGUGCUCAUUGAAGUAGUAAUUAUAUUUAAAAAGGGCUUGAUCUAAAGUGAAAAAUUCUCAGAAUGUGUGUUAAUUCUAAUUGACAUUUUCAGUUUUUAUUUUAAGAUGAAAUUCAAGAGAGAAUUCAAUAAAGAAACACUGGAGUAAUAGAA